UCCCGGCCGACCAGACACGUUCCGACGCGCGACGCCCGCGUAACGCCGCCCCGAUCGGCGGAUCGACGGUCUCUCCUCCGGUCCGCUCCCCGCACCCGGCCGGUUGGAUCGAGCGCCGCCUCCUGCCCCUCCUUCCCGGAAGACGACCCUCGAGGAAGUCGCCUCCGGUGGGUCCCGUCCUCUUCGGAUAGGUCGAACGCUCUUGGAGUCGAAACGGAGAUCGAGAAGGGACCCGAAAUGGCGACGCUCGGGGUGCUGGUCGCCGCUUGUCUCGUAGGUUUAGUCUCCAGUCACGAUACUCGUGGUGUGAUAGAAGUUCCUCUUAAUUACAAUGGGGCCAAGCGAUCCAAUUGUCCGGCCGCCCUUCACGUGGAUGAUCAACCUGCCGACAGGCAGGAUACUUCGUUAAGGUUAAGACAAUUGAGAUCCGAAAUGGUGCGCGUCGCUGCUAUUCAAGGGCCACCUUUAGACGGCUACAUUGUCACUUCUGACGAUGAUCAUCAGACUAAAGGGUCCAUAAAACGCGUUGAAAUGGGCUCCGUAGAGAGCGAGACCGUUGAUCCUCGUGACAUGAGGAGGGAAUUUCUUACGGGAUUUUACGGAAGUGCCGGUGAAGUCGUUGUAACCGUCGAUAAAGCUGCCCUAUGGACGGAUGGAAGAUACUAUAUUCAAGCAGAUCAGCAACUCGACUGCAAGUGGAUGUUAAUGAAGUCAGGUCAUGAGAACGUACCAUCGAUAACGGAGUGGCUCAAGUACGAGUUCCGACAUCAAAAGGGAGUCAGGAUAGGCGCAGAUCCUACCCUGGUGCCGGCGUUCGUUUGGUCGGCUUGGGAACAGGAAUUGGCGAAUUCAACCGUAAGAUUGGUCGCGGUCCAUAACAACCUGGUGGACUUGAUCUGGCAGGUGGAUCGACCCAAUUACAACCCUCAUGGCGCUUACCCUUUGAAGGAGGAGUACGCAGGUAGGCCUUGGCAGGAGAAGAUCAAGCGUAUCAGGAUGGAGAUGGAAUUGGUGUCAGCGGAUGCCCUAGUGGUCACGGCCCUGGAUGAGAUCGCUUGGUUACUUAAUAUACGUGGCUACGAUCUUCCGAAUACUCCUGUGCUCAGGGCCUACGCCAUUGUGACUCACGGCUCCGUCCAUCUCUAUGCACCGCGUCACAAAGUUCUGCGCCCCGUUGACGUGCACUUAAAGAUGGACUCGUGCUUCCAUGCGGAUUGCGUCAAGUGGCAUAACUACACCGCUUUCUGGGACGAUUUAAGGACGACGUCGCAAGCUUGGAGCACCGUCUGGCUGCCGUCGUCCUGCGGUCAUGUGCAAGGAGCAUCCCAGGCUAUCUUCACCUCUAUUCUUCCCGAGAGACGACUGGCAAAAGCGUCGCCAGUAAUUGCGUUGCGAGCCGAGAAAAACGAGGUCGAGAUCGUUGGCAUGAGACGGGCUCACGUGAGAGAUGCGGUAGCUAUGUGCGACUUUCUUGCUUACAUGGAAGAACAAAUUUAUCUCGGGUCCGAGGGAUGGGACGAGUUGCAGGUGGCUCGAGUGGCCAACGAAUUUCGACUCGAACAAGACCUCAACAGAGGUAUCGCCUUUCCCACCAUAGCGGGCUAUGGAGCACACGCGGCCCUUCCGCAUUACGAACCGAAAAAUACAACUUCUGUACCGAUUGGGUCUGCUUCUACCCUCGUGGUCGAUUCCGGAGGACAGUAUCUCGACGGCACCACAGACGUGACCCGUACGCUGCAUUUCGGAAAACCGACUCGCGAAGAAAAGGAAGCGUAUACCAGGGUAUUGAUCGGUUCUAUUCAAUUGGCUUCCUUGAUCUUUCCGAGUAACCUCAGAACGGAUCAGCUGGAUACCCUCGCCAGAGGACCACUUUGGAGUGUCGGCUUGGAUUACUUGCACGGGACAGGCCACGGGAUCGGUCACUUUCUGUCGGUCCAUGAACCACCCAUCAGCGUGUCUUAUUUAGGGGAGAGGUCGGUGUCCUCUGGCUGCAGUGCCGUUCGGAUGAAACCGGGAUAUUUCUUUUCAAACGAACCGGGAUACUACAAAGAGAGCGAAUACGGCGUUCGACUCGAGAACGUACUCGAGGUGGUGCAGGCAGACAAUUCGCAAAGAGGAGGGCAGAAGUUCCUAAAAUUCAGGGAUGCAACGUUGGUCCCUUACGAGCCCAAGUUGAUAGAUGUCAAUAUGUUGAGUCCGGCGCAUCGCCGGUGGUUAAACACUUACAACCAACGCAUUCGAGAAGAAGUUGGCGCGGAGCUGAAGAAGCAACUUCGAAUGAAGGGGUUCUUCUGGAUGAUGGAGAAAACUCGAAGCAUUCCCGAGUGGGGUACGAUCGACAAGGAUGCAUUCCUUGGAUUUUCUCAUUCGAAUGCAUCCACUUUCGGGGACUUUCACGCGCUUAUCGUCAUUGCAAUUUUAUUUCACGCGUACACAAGUACGUGAGAGUUGGACAAUUAUUAACAAUCACAAUAUGUUCUGCAGAUUUUAAUUAGCAUUCAAUUGUUAUCGCGACGAUCAUUGCACCAGUGUCGAUAAAGGUGUUAAUACCGUCUUCCAGAUUGGUAUUGCGUUUACUAAGCCUCGAAGGGAAUGUAUGGUCACCGGCUUCACCAAUCCUAAAAUUCGGAUAAUCUUCAAGUAUUAUGUCUUACGUUACUACUAAUUAUAUUUUAUUUUUGUUACAUAUAUAUUUGAUAACUAUUGUUACAUGGACGUAUUAUACAAACGGCAUUUUCUCCCAUACAAGGCAAGUCACGUGCCGGUCGUAGUCAACUUGUUGUUACAAGAAACGAGACUUUAUUAAUACCUUCGAAAAGCGAGUAUGGCUGACUACUUGAAUGGUGUAUCGUCGGAUAACAAGUACAAUUAUAGGUCGAAGCUUUUGAACGUCAUAAAAAGGUAAACUGUACAGUCAUUCCUUGAAAACGUAUCCCCUAACCUUACAUUCCUCUAAUCGCAGUUUCAAUGGAUUUUCUGACCGCCGAUCCUCCGCUGAAUAUUUUCCGUCUGUUUAGACAUUGAAGUCAACUAAUCGGGCAGUGGGAUUAUUAACAAAAUUUUCUAGGGAGACAGGACGACUCGGAAUCGAAAGUUCCUUUACCGUUUUUCGAUACGACCUGUAGUUUUAGAGUUAUUGCCUUUCCUAGAUCAAGCAAUCAAAUUACAGGAUUUAUUUUCAUUGAUAUCUCCGGAACUACAGAUUGUAUGAAAACAAAAUGGCAAAGAUUUUCUACUGGAAAUCGCGUGUUUUCCAUCGUCAGUGAUGUGAACUUCUCCUACCAACUUAAAGGCAUACAUCUCCGUUCAGUUAGCCAGAGAUCCAAACUGGGAGGGGGGGCACUUUUUACACUUUUAAGUGUUUAAUGAGGAAGAAUUGUAAUUAUGUGAACACAAUCAUUUUAAGACUACUGUAUAUUUUGUUAACAUAAAGAGUGUAAAAGCAUAUUUUAAAUACAUUCAAUCUAUAAA